GCACAAGAGCUCAUGCUUUUAAUUGUCUUUUCAAGGGGGGGUUCACAUCCCAAAAUCUAGAGUUGCCUGCUCACCACCUUAACAACUAUUACUUCUUGACUAAAUAUCAUCGUAUUAGUACCCUGUUUUAUUUUCAUCUAUAUUUCGCUAUGGCUGGCCGAGUUUUCUCAUUGUCUUUUGGCUUGGGCGCAUUUCUCCUUGGUUUAACUGCUGUGUAUCUUGGGCUGUCCCAGGAUAGGUUAUUGCAUUUGAAGGAUGAAUACGGCGUUAUUCUCCCGUUUUCACAUGAAUCUCCACCGGUGGUGAUUGACUUGGCUAAAGAUAUCAAAUACGUAGGCAGUCGGGAGCAUGAGGUUGAGCAUUUCCAAAACAUCUUUUACGGGGAGGAUACCUCUGGCGUACGGCGCUUCGCUCCGCCUAUUGCAGUGCAGCCCCUGAAGGGAUCUACCAUCGACGCCACUCGGCCUGGAGCUUGGUGUCCCCAGGGGUUGGGUGAUGUGUUUCCAUUUACGAGCCGUGUCGCCAAUAUCAGCGAAAAUUGCCUGAGCUUGCGGGUUGCUCGACCGGGUGAUACUAAACCGGAUGCUAAACUACCAGUAAUGGUAUGGAUCCACGGUGGGGGUCAUGCCCUAGGCUCUGCUUCGGAAAUCCUUUACAAGCCCGACGGCCUAGUGAAGCAGGCAGUGGCGGAUGGACAGCCGUUGAUCUUUGUUGCCAUUAAUUACCGUCUCGGUUUUUUUGGAUUUGCGAUCAGCAAGGCGUUAAUCGAUGCCAAGCAGACAAAUGCCGGUUUGCAUGAUCAGCGAAGAGCAUUAGAAUGGGUCCGCGACAAUAUCGAAGCGUUUGGGGGUGACCCAGAUAAAGUGACGGCUGUUGGCCAGAGCGUGGGGGCCGCCGACAUUAGUUUGCACCUGGCUUCUUACGAGGGCAAGCGCGGCGUCCCAUUUCAACAAGCCAUAAUGAUGUCAGGUAGUCCCGGACUAAACUUCAAUACCAAAUCCGAUUUGGUAGCCAACAAUACGGCUGCCGUUGCUCGUGAAGUAGGAUGUGUUGAGAAUGAUAGCCAGUCAGUCGAAACCCUGAAUUGUUUACGAAAAGUCUCCAUCGAGACAUUAGCAAACAUCUCUGUUUCAACUGCCCGUGCUGCUCGCCCACCCUUUGGGGAAGCUUUCUUUUACCCUAUGUAUGAUGGUGAUAUCCUCACUGACCGUCCUUCCCGACUUGUCCGCGCUGGUAAAUUUACCAGGGGGAUCCCAAUUAUUGCUUCUUGGGUAUCCAAUGAUGGAGCAUGGUACGCAGCACCAACCAUCUCAACUGACCAAGAAGUCCUGGAUACUUUCGGGCUCUGGCUCUAUGCCCUGUCUGAACCCACGAAGGCAAGACUUCUUGAACUUUACCCUAUUGAAGACUUCGAGGGCAUGGUCCGACUGGACUAUGAUGGGUCUAUUUCGCCCCAAUAUUAUCGCGCAGCGCAGCUCAAUCGCGAUCUCUGGUUUACGUGUCCCAUUCUUGAAUUUGCAUGGCAAUACGUCAGGAACGGCGGCGUAGAAAAGUCACAUAUGCAUCUAUAUGAACAUAACUCGACGCGAUACGCACCAUCCUUCGAGAUGAUGGGAGUGCAAAUGUGGCGUGUCGCGCAUCUAAGCGACAUACCGUAUGUACUAAAUGCCCAGCACCUGGAACGAGCAGAUAAUUCAGAAAAGCAACUUCAAUUAUCGAAGGCAAUAAGCACAAAAAUAGUCAAAUUUGUUACCUCUGGCGUUCCUGAGGACAGAUGGCCUGCUGCUUUUGCCAAUGCGACUAUGGGUGAUUUGAAGGGCGAAUUCCCCAAUAAGCUAUCAUUGCAGCUGCUUGGGGGGCCUCAUCAUAACAUGCCUAUCACUAUUGACAAGAGCGGGGAUGAAGACACCGGGACAGCAGCCGAGCAGGCUGUCCGAUGGGAAAAAUUAUUUGGGAGGUGCGAGUUCAUCAACAGUGACAAAGUACGAGCGGAAAUCGGCACGUAACGAGAGUUAGCCAGGCAAUAUCAACCCCUUCCGUUCGCUUCUUAACGGAAUGCUUCACAUCGGCACGCGAGCGCUAGAAUUGUGGCUAAAAGACUAGAACUGCAAGUGGCAAAUACUGGAAUAUGUCGUUGGAUGUUAUGGAUUAUUUACAAGUUUAGUACGCCUUCUUGUAAGAAACGAUAAACCAUGCCCGUGAAUUUAUCGCUUAACUCUAGGUCUGCUAAUCUACGCGGCGGAUUACUAGGUGGACUUCCCUAGCAUCUAAUGGAACUCUCCAAGCGAUAGCAGAAAAUUAUCUAGAGAAGAUUAAGCAAAUAUACUCGUUUUUCGGAAGUGGAAAUUGAA